AUGGAAAAUAACAUCAAUGGCAUCGCUCGUGAUGAGGCCAGGUGCAAAUUGCAAGAGUUAAUUAAGGAGUUCAAGCAAGAUAUUUUUUGUCUGACAGAGCCUAUAGUGCAUUAUUCUGUUAAUUUUUUACACGAAUUAUAUGUUGAUGGUUAUAAAAAAGAAGUUAUUCAUAAUGCGGUUGGUUCGUCUAAAGGGAACAUUUGGAUUUUUUGGUUCAUUGGUAUGACUACGCCUGUAGUUGUAAAUUCUAGUAGGCAAGCUAUUACUGUUGAAACGGAGGGUGUCUUGGCAUCCUUUGUUCAUGCUAGUUGUUUCCAAGUCACUCGAAGAAGGCUAUGGCAGCAGCUUUCUUCAGUUAAUAUUAAUACUUUGUGGGGAGGCCGUGAACCACGUACUUCAGCCAUUAAUGAGUUUGGUGAUUGGAUAGAUGAUAAUGAUCUUUUUGAAGAUGAUUUUUUAGGUACUAAAUACACUUGGGCUAAUGGUCAAUCAGGUGUACGAAGAAUCCUUUGCAAGCUAGAUAGAGCUAUUAUUAACGAAGCGUGGUUAAACAAAUUUGAGAAUUGGUGGUGUAAAUCUCUUCCUCGUGAAGUUUCUGACCAUUCUACUCUUAUUGGUUUUCCUUUUGCUAAUUUGAGACCUAAAAGAGCCCCUUUUAGAGUGCAAAAAAUGUGGUUUUCUCACCCUGAUUUUUUGCGCAUGGUUAGUGAGAGUUGGAAUGCUCAUGUUUCUGGCUCUCCUGCUUUUAUAUUCCCUUUCAAGCUCAAAAGGCUUAAAGCUGCCAUGAAGGAAUGA